AUGUCGCUCUCUCUCUCCUUCCUUCGCAAACCAUCGUCAAAGCACCUCCUCCUCCGCUAUCUGUCCACCACUCCCACACCCUCGCCAUCCCCAUCGUCCACGGCCCAUGUCAAAAAACAUUCUGGCGACCACGAGUUCCUUCAUCCGAGCACCUUCAUCAACUCGUGGAAGCCUCCCCGCGAUCCGAAGCAGGCGGAAGCUCGGCUCUCCCUUCUACGACGAGACUACGCUCGGAAAGUCAAGGAAAUACGGAAGGAGUACAUCAAGGAAAUGGAAUUGCAGAGGCUCGAGAAAUUGCGAAAGGAUGAGGCAAAAAAAGAGGCACUGAGAAUCGCAAAUGAGGAGAGAAAAGCUGCAAAGGCUGCGAAGAAGAAGGCCGAGGCUAUUGAGAGAGAGGCCGCGGAAGAAGAGUUCCGGCGGACCCUGGUGAAAGAAAGAGCAGAGAAGCUUGAAUAUUGGAGGGUGAGACAAACGAAAAUUGAGGAGAAGAAGAAAGAGAAGAAGGAGCUUCUGCAUAGACAAAGUUCAAUUUGGGUUGAUGAAUCGGAAUUGGAGAAGAAGACACUGGAGGCCAUUGUUGAUACUAUUCCCCUUUGA